UUCUUAGAACGGCUAAAACCGAGAGAACACCAGUCUCUACCAAAACAUGGCAAAUAUGCUGUAAACUCCAUGUUAUGCCCGGUUUUUCUUUUCUCGAGACGCCCAAAAAGUUAUGAAAACCCCUUGCUAUACGCUUGAGCAACUGAAUUUAACAUCUGCGUGAAAGAGGUUCUCCACAUUACUCGCCGCAAUUGCUAUCCGGAAAUUAAGGAUUAUGUUACAUAUUGAGGUCUUGAUCAACGCACCCCUUGUCAAGGAAUUGAGAUUGCACAGUACUGUGCUUUUCAUUAACGUAAAGUCACUAUUCCUUUGUUCUUGGGUGGAUUCUGGUAAGUUAGGAAUUGUCUAGUACAUCAUCUGACGACAGUUACUAGUAACCAAAGCUUCUGAAAUUAAACCAACCCCUCAGCGCUCAGUGGUAAACUUGUCACAGAUACCGAGCAGAUCGAUUAGAAGAUGCGAUCGUUUCUUGUUGUCGGUUUUGUGUUGUGGAAUUUGGUUCAUUUUGCACCCGCAGAGGAAUUGAUUUUGUCUGAGAGCACUGAAGUGCAUGACGGAGAAAACAAAGAUCUAUGUAUGAAUGUACUAUGCCAUGCUGGUGAGGAGUGUCUCGUAAUAGAUAAUAAUGCUGUCUGUGUGUGUAAGAAGUCAUGUCCUAACCAUGACAAACCAGUAUGUGGGUCAAACGGUAUGACCUACCCAAACCACUGUGAACUGCACAGAACUGCCUGCUUGGAGGAAAAGAAAAUUUCUAUCAAGUAUGUAGGGGCAUGCAGAGAACAGCCCAUCCAACCUCCAUCUGCUGUGAAGGUUAAUCAUUCAAAACCUGUUGUGUGCUAUGAGAAUGACCGCAAUGAUGUACGUAGUCGUUUGAUUGGAUGGCUGCGGAACCAAGAAAAGUUGUCAGAAGGAUUAGAUGGCUACAGAAAUCUUCUGCAAUCAUACUUUGACAAAGUUGAUGAAAACAAAGAUGGAAAACUUGAUGCAGCAGAGUUCAGAGACUUUGUCCUGGCAAACCAAUCACAAGCUGAGAUGACUGGUUCUGACCAGUAUGUCAACCCUGUUUUGCAAAGUCUUUGUGCUGAUGCCCUGAUAUCCAUCAGUGAUGAGGAUUUUGACUGGGAACUUAACAUUACAGAGUUUAUGAGAUGCCUUGAUCCUGAAUUCAAGCCACCAAAGAAAGAUUGUGAGUUGGAUAGUGAGGUUUACAAUGAUGGCACAGAGAUUCCCACAGACUGUAACAGCUGUGUUUGUGCUUGUGGCUCCUGGGUCUGUACUGCAUUAAAAUGUGAUGAUAAAAAAUCAAAUCAGCCACAUUCUGAGAUUGGUGAAGGUGAAACAGAGAAGGGCAAGUUUAUUGUCAGUGGACAAGAUGCAGAGGAACAACUGACAAGAGAGAAGAUGAAAGAUGGUCACAAAGAAAGCAUUCAGGUCCAUAAAAGGAAAAUACUUCCACUUCAUAAACCACGGCAUCCUGCAAGGCACAAAAAAUAUCACAAACACAGCUCAUAGGAGAACAGAUCAAAAAAGCCUGUUCAUGAGUGACUUUUUUAAAAAAGAGAAGGUUAUUGAGGUCUUAGAGAGAAGUGACCUUCAACUGCAAAAAGAUGAAUAGCUUUCUUAAUUAAAAUGUUAUAAAUAACACCUAGUUAACCAUUGUUUAGCUUCUAUAUUAUGCUUGUUUACUUUAUAAAUUUGUAAAAGAACUACCAUGGAUAGCCUUAAGUUCCAAUAUACAUAAAUAACUUGUUUGCUCUUUUA